GUUUUAUCGUCAAAUGUUUGGUUAUUUUCAUUUCACACAUACUGCCUACUUUCAGAGCAAAACCGGCAUUUUAUUCUAUCACCAUUAAACAAUAUGGAAAUUGAAAGUAUUUUAGUUACCGGAGCAAACAGAGGAAUAGGCUUAGAAUUUGUGAAACAAUUAGUUAAAUUACCUAAGCCUCCUCGUUUCAUCUUUGCUACCUAUAGAGAUGAAAAUUCAACACAAGCUCUUAAAGAGAUUCGAGAUGCAUCCAAGAAAAGCGAAGUUGUGCUUAUCAAAAUGGAUAUCACAAAGAAGGAUGAAAUUGAAAGCGCACAUAGGACGAUAGAAAGCAAAGUUGGAGACAAAGGUCUCAACCUGUUGAUCAACAAUGCUGGUGCUUUGGAGCGGGAGGGCUUUCCCGAAAUCACGGAGGAGGACAUGCUGUUCCAUUUUACCAUCAACACAGUGGGACCUGUCAUGGUUCUAAAGGAACUGCUUCCUCUGCUUCAGAAAGCAGCUGCUCGUAAGGACAGCGGGAUGAACGUGUCCAGAGCAGCUGUCCUUAACAUUUCCUCCAUUGGAGGCUCCAUUGGUGAAUUGACAGAAGAGAUGCCGAAAGAUUGGUUGAAAAUACUUAGCUACAGAACCAGUAAGGCUGCUCUAAACAUGGCAAUGCGAGUGGUUGCUCUUACCAUAAAAGAUCAGGGCAUCCUGGUGGUGAACAUGUGCCCCGGGUGGGUGAAGACGGACAUGGGAACCGAGCAAGCCUUGCUGACCCCAGAAGAGAGCAUCUCUGCUAUGAUACAGACUUUAUCUCAACUGAAUGAAUCGAAUCACGGGGCCUUCUUGGACAGAAACGGAGCUACCAUUAAGUUUUGAAUAUCACACUAAGAAUGUUUCAUCACAAUGUAUUCUCUCCUCUACAGAAAUGGAUUCAAAGAUUCCCAGACAAAUUUAAUGUUACAGUUUAUUAAAAUGCAUAUUUAGGUAAAAGCAUUUCCGUAAUCUAUAUUAACAUAAAAUAAAAUUACGUUUUCCCUAGUUUCGCUAAUCAGCAUAAAUGUUGUUUUGGUAAUAUUUCUUGAAUAAAAAUUUUCAAAUAUUUUG